GAUUGUAUUGGGAGAGAAGAGAUGAACAUGGCUUCUUCAUCUUCGUCUCCGUCACCGAUGUCGUCGCCGUCGUCGCUUGAUGAUAGAAAUUUAAGGAUCCUUAAGUGGGUGAAGCUGCUACUGAGCGUAGUGUUUGUGGGAUGGAUAAUGAUUUGGAUCAUGGCGCCCACAAACACAUAUAGAAACAUCUGGUCUCCCAAGCUUGCCUCGGACACCGACUCUACAUACUUCGGAAAACAAGGGACGAAUAUCUUGAUCUGCACAUUCCCCAUUCUCUUCAUUUUCGUUCUCGGGUGCAUUUAUUUGCACAUGGAGAAGGGAAGUGAGAACACAGAGAAGAGGAGUGGAUUGAAUACACGCCUCGUGGCUUGGAAGAGGCCGGUGUUAGUGAAAGGGCCGCUCGGAAUAGUCUCUGGCAUUGAAUUAGCUUUCAUUGUCAUGUUUCUGGCACUUCUGAUUUGGUGCUUCGCCACUUACUUAAAAGGCAGCUUCGCGCGCCUUCGCCCUACUGCUCAAGAGAAACUGUGGCAAGAAAAGUUGGACAGUGCGGCUCUUCGACUCGGUUUAAUUGGAAACUUGUGCUGUGCGUUCCUCUUCUUUCCUGUUAGCAGAGGCUCCUCAGUUUUGCCUCUCAUUGGGCUCACCUCAGAAUCAAGCAUCAAAUAUCACAUAUGGCUCGGGCACACCAUCAUGGUUCUCUUCACCGCUCACGGCAUCUGCUAUGUCAUAUAUUGGGCCGCUACCCACCAAAUAGAUGAAAUGCUGAAAUGGGAUAAAACUGGCGUGUCGAAUGUGGCCGGAGAGAUAGCUCUUCUAUCAGGUUUGGCCUUGUGGACGACUACAAUUCCGCGCAUCCGGCGCAAGAUGUUCGAGGUCUUCUUCUACACGCACCACCUCUACAUCCUUUUCCUCUUCUUCUACCUCAUGCACGUCGGCAUCAGCUUCUUCUGCAUGAUUCUUCCCGGCGUUUACCUCUUCAUGGUCGACCGCUACUUGAGGUUCUUGCAGUCGCGAACCAAAAUCCGCCUGCUCUCCGCUCGGCUUUUGCCGUCCGAAGCUGUCGAGCUUAACUUCUCCAAAAACCCAGGAUUUCGAUACAAGCCGUUGAGCACGGUGUUCAUCAACAUCCCAAGUGUUUCAUCACUCCAAUGGCACCCGUACACUGUGAGCUCCAGCAGCAGCUUAGAACCCGAGAGGCUCAGUGUUAUCAUCAAGAAAGAAGGAAGCUGGACGCAGAAGCUAUACAACAUUCUCUCUUCCUCUCUUCCCGACGGCCACCUAGAUGUCUCGGUAGAAGGGCCCUACAGUCCUACUAGCAUGGAAUUCUUAAGGUACGAGUCACUAGUGAUGGUGAGCGGAGGCAGUGGAAUCACGCCUUUUAUCUCAAUCAUUCGAGAGUUCAUAUCCCGCAGCAAUGCCCUCAACAUCCCCACUCCAAACAUUCUCCUUAUUUGCGCCUUCAAGACCUCCGCCGACCUGACGAUGCUCGACCUCCUCCUCCCCAUAUCCGGCAACUCCUCUGACCUCUCCCGCUUGCAGCUGCGCAUUGAGGCCUUUGUCACCAGAGAAAAAGCUCCAGUCGGCAACACCGAAAAUCUAAUUCGAACUGUUUGGUUCAAACCUCGUCCGUCCGACUCGCCCAUUGCUCCUGUGCUCGGCCAAAACAGUUGGCUUUGUUUGGCAGCUAUAGUGUCGUCCUCUUUCGUUGCGUAUCUUGUGCUUAUCGGCAUCCUUCAGCGGUAUUAUAUAUACCCGAUUGACCAUAACACGNAAUUUUUGCCCAAAAAGGUCUAUUGGCAUUCUUUAAAAGCCUAA